CCACCUGUCGUGGAAUCCUCUGUCUUGACUGUCAAUUUUGUAAAAAUACAAAUCUUCACAUAUCCAUCGACCAGCAGGCAGGCACGCAUGUGCUCAUACGAAAACCGUGCUCGAGAAGCACGACGCGUAUCUGACGCGUCCCUCUGAGUACCGGUUAUUUUGACUGGAUGUCUAUCUGGCAGUCACGUAUAGGUUAGGAUGAGGGGUCUAGUCAACGUCAUAAAGAUGCUCGUCGCGUUUUUCUACAAUUACGCGCGCGGGCUGUCUUACAUCGUGACGACGAUACUCGUGCUGUGUUACUGUCUUCAUCCGGCCCGAUUCGCGUCCCAUUACACCUUCAUCAAGACCGAGAACAUCUACGAGGAGAUGGAGAGGUCGUAUCCGCCGAGGGACAACUCCUGCGUGAUUCCCGUAAACGGUAGACGACCGUCGCAAUUGUUAUAUCCGGAGGAACAUCCCAAAGAAGACCCGGUGGCAAUGGCUCGUCGUCUCGGCAUCUUACCGGGUGGUCAGUGGAAGCCCCUCAGCUGCCAUCCUCUCUUCAACGUGGCAAUCAUACUGCCCUAUCGCAAUCGGCAGAGUCAGCUUACCAUUUUUAUGAAUUAUAUACAUCCGUUUCUGCAGGCUCAGAAUCUGGACUAUCGAAUAUUCGUCAUCGAGCAGAGCCCGAUGCGGGAAUUCAAUCGCGCCAAGCUCUUCAAUGUCGGUUAUGCCGAAGCUACCAAGAUCAACGACUUUCACUGUUUCAUCUUUCAAGAUAUAGAUUUGAUACCGCAAAAUCCUGACAAUAUCUAUGCGUGCACCAAGAUGCCCAGGCACAUGAGCUCCAGUGUAAAUAUCUUUCGAUAUAAUCUACCUUAUACCGGCUUGUUCGGAGGUGCGAUAUCGUUAACGAGGAAACAGUUUGAGAGAGUAAACGGAUUUUCCAAUGUUUUCUAUGGUUGGGGCGGAGAGGACGACGACUUUUACAAUCGCUUACAGUCCAGAGGCUUUCAGAUCACACGCUUUGGACCCAACGUGGCACAGUAUUACAUGUUGACGCAUAAAAAGGAGACACCUAGCACUGCGAGAUUCGCAAAUUUAGAGAGUGGUGCACGAAGAUACGACACUGAUGGACUGAAUAAUCUAGAGUACAGAGUAUUAAAUCAUCAGUUACGACCAUUGUAUUCUUGGAUUUUGGCUGAUGUGUAACUUAUAGAAUAGAUGUAAGUUUUUUUUAUCCAAUAUAUUAUGACAUAUCUUUCUUAAAUAGGCUAUGGUUAUAAGUUUAUGAUAUAGCAUCACACUAUUUUUUAGAAACAGAGUGAACUGCUAGCUUAAUCAAACACGCAUAAUUGUUAGUAUGCUGUGUGUGACAGAAUAUUGUAUUUAAACUGCUAUGCAACAAUACUUACUACUGCUGAAAAUAUUUGUAUUGCAAAAGUUUUGUGCAUUGAAGAGGUCAAACAAUUACAAUUUAAGGAUUUUAACAAACAUCUUGUAGUACGUGUGAGUCUACAGUUACAAAUGCUUUUCCAAUAGCAUCAAUAUUGAUGGUAGCAGCAAUAAACAGUAAUUAACAGUUUGUACAGAACUUUGAAAAAGAAUGCGUAAUAUAAUUAUAUAAGUGAUAAGGUUUAAAGACUGUAAUCAUCAUAAGGAAACAUUCUUUUCAUGUAACUCAUUAGAAUGAGAGAAAGCAAUAUCAUUCAGAGAUACCUACUGCUGUCCAAAUUACUAAAUAAUUACUGUACUAAGUUAUAUAUAGUUAAUUUUAUAAGAUUUUGGUCACACGGUACAUUUAUCAGAUAAGAGAGGGUAUGGUACAAACUUAUUCUAUACAAAUUAUACAAGGGCAGUCUGAAAAGUUCUCGGCCUAACAAUGAAAGAAAAUUUUUUUG